GGGGGGGGGAAAGGGCAAAUGCCAGUGGUACUGGGCCAAUGUGCCGGCUCGGCAAACCAUCGAUGCAACCAUACCCACGAUACGUACUUGAUCGUCGACGCCCAUCACCAACCAAGCCAAAGAGAAAGAGGAAGAAAGAGAGGAAAAAGCAAGCAUCCGCAUCACCCAUGCCCAUAUCAACCCUUUUUGCUGCCCAAACGAAGAAUCAAAGGGGGUAACAGCCCCCCAAUCCACCAACAACCCAUCUUCCUCCUCCUUUCCCUCCCUUUCCUCUCCACCCACGCAAAAAAAAACACUCCCCGGCAUAUCCCCGGCGUAUCCCACCCCUCCAUCCAACCGUCUAACCCCCAACGUACCCAGACGCCAACCACACCAAAGAGAAAAAAAACAGGGCAAACAAGGCCACCCAAACCUUUCUAACCCACACACGGAACGUCCCACUGAUCACCACCCUCUCCCACCCCUUCCUUGCACAAAAAAGUAGCAAGUACAUAGCGCCCAAAAAC